AUGGCUCCAAACUCACAGAGUACACCUGCCUCAGUCCAAGAACCACGCUACACACAACCCCGGUCACAAAGAUACAAAUCUCUUAAGGGGGUGGACCCCAAGUUCCUGAGGAACAUGCGCUUUGCCAAGAAGCACAAGAAAGGCCUGAAGAAGAUGCAGGCCAACAACGCCAAGACAGUGAGUGUGCAUGCAGAGGCCACCAAGGCCCUUGUGAAGCCCAAGGCGGUGAAGCCCAAGAUGCCAAAGGGCCCCAGCCGUAAGCUCAGCCACCCUGCUUUAGUUGCUCCCCCCAAGCUCGGGAAGCGGAUUAGAAGCUGCAUGGCCAAGGGUCGUAGGCUCUGCCAACCAAAGCCCAAGGCUCAAACCAAGGCAGAGGCCUCAGCUCGAGCUCAGACUCCCAAAGGUGCCCAGGCCCCUGUGAAGGCCCCAUCGAAAAGGGCCUUCUGUCUGCCAGACAGAUGGACUGGUAUGACACACCUACACACUGUUUGCAGAUGAUCAGGACCCCAUGCUGUUUUUACAAAUAAACUUGAGGCAGGAUCUGAAAAAAAAAAAAAAAG